AUGUGUUUGUAUAGGAAAGACAGAGCGAGGAGAUCAACACACUCACAGUGUAGCGGAUUUCUAACCGGGAUACAGAUUAUUAUUUCAAAACAACCUGCAUUAAUAACAAGCUAGAUACGGCGAAGGAGAAGUAAAAGACCGGAUGUUACCAUUGUUUGUUACCGCCUUUUACCAAACACAACUCUAAACUGCAAGAGGCGUUCAGAGACAUAAAACAAUACUGUCGAAAAAUAAAUUCAAAUCAAGACAAGAAUGGAAGCGGAAAAGCGGCGGGCCUGCUGGCUUGUUAGCAGCAGUCGUUGUCGAGCAGGUCUUCCCGGGUUGGUGUGGGGCACGCCGCCUCUGAUUCUGGUUGUGGCGGCAUCACUGCUGUCCGGACUCGGUUCUCCUGCCGAGGGAAAGCAGUGCGACAAGCCGUGCCUGAACGGGCAGUGCAACCCGACGGUCGGUAACUGCAUUUGCGAUCCCGGUUGGGCCGGGGAUCAGUGCCAGCAUUGCGGUGGGAGAUUCAGGUUGACUGGCUCCUCUGGAUACCUCACAGACGGGCCUGGGAAUUAUAAAUACAAAACCAAGUGCACCUGGCUGAUCGAGGGCCAGCCCAACACUAUCUUGAGGCUGAGGUUCAACCACUUUGCUACAGAGUGCAGCUGGGACCACUUGUAUGUGUAUGACGGGGACUCGAUCUACGCACCCCUGGUGGCUGCGUUCAGCGGGCUGAUCGUCCCUGAGAAGUAUGGUAAUGAGACCUUUCCGGAGGUGGUCUCCAAAUCCGGCUACGCUCUGCUGCACUUCUUCAGUGACGCUGCCUACAACCUGACCGGCUUCAACGUCUCCUACAGAAUCAACACUUGCCCCAAUAACUGCUCUGGCCGCGGGGAGUGCAGGCUGGACAGUGGCAGCGGAGGUGUGUACUGCGAGUGUACGGCACACUGGAAAGGAGAGAUGUGUGACAUCCCGUACUGCAUGGAGGACUGCGGCUUCCCCCAGCGCGGAGUGUGCCACGCCAACACCACCAAGCGCUGCCUCUGCAAUCCAGGCUGGCAAGGUCCUGACUGCUCCAUUCUGAUGCCAGCAAACGAGUCAUUUUGGACUAGAGAGGAGUACCCAGUCCGCAGCCUGGCACGGGCCUCGCACAAGUCUGUGGUGAACGAUGGCAUCAUGUGGGUGAUCGGAGGCUACGUGUUCAACUAUUCUGACUACAAGAUGGUUAAAGCAUACACUCUGAGCUCUCAAGAGUGGCUGCCUCUAAACCAGUCGGUGAACUCUGUCAUUGGGAGAUACGGGCACUCGCUGGCACUGCACGAGGACAAGAUCUACAUGUACGGUGGUAAGAUGGACUCCAGCGGGAAUGUCACUAACCAGCUGUGGGUGUUUCACAUCAGAAACCAGUCGUGGGUGCAGGUCAGCCCCAAGGCCAAGGAGCAGUACGCCGUGGUGGGGCACUCUGCACACAAGGUGCAGCUGGCCGAUGACAGCGUGGUCAUGCUGGUCAUCUUCGGACACUGCCCGCUGUACGGCUACAUCAGCAAGGUGCAGGAGUACAACUUCGCCACAAACACAUGGAGCAUCCUGAAGACUAACGGUGCCCUGGUGCAGGGAGGCUAUGGGCACAGCAGUGUCUACCACCCCAAAACCAGGGCCAUCUACAUCCACGGGGGCUACAAGGCCUUCAGCGCCAACAAGUACGGGCUGGCAGACGACCUCUACAAAUACCAGGUGGACUCCCGCAUGUGGACCAUCCUGAAGGACAGUGGUUUCUUCCGCUACCUCCACACGGCCAUCAUCGUGAGUGGGACCAUGCUGGUGUUCGGGGGGAACACUCACAACGACACUUCCAUGAGCCACGGGGCCAGGUGCUUCUCAUCAGACUUCAUGGCCUAUGACAUUGCUUGUGACGAGUGGUCGGUGCUGCCCAGACCAGAUUUGCACCACGAUGUAAACCGGUUUGGACACUCUGCAGUUUACAGCAACAGCACCAUGUACGUGUUCGGAGGUUUCAACAGCCUGCUCCUGAGUGAUGUACUGAUGUUCACUCCAGCGAGCUGCGCUGCGUUCUCCAGUGAGGCUGCCUGCACCGAGGCCGGACCUGGGAUCCGCUGCCUCUGGAAUGCCAGUCUGGACCACUGUCUAUCCUGGGAGGAGGCCAGCCCCAAGGAGGAGCAGCAGGUCCUAUCCACCUGCCCUGCCAAAGCAUAUGCUGACAAUGAGAAGUGUGAUCAAUACACAGACUGCUACAGCUGCACAGCAAACACCAACGGGUGCCAGUGGUGCACCAGUCAGUGCAACUCAAUGAGCAGCAACUGCACAGCCGUGCCAGGCCCCAUCGCAGAGUAUGAGACCUGCCCGAAGGCUAACCCCGACUACGUUUGCAACAAGAAGACGAGCUGUAAGAGCUGUGCCAUGGACCAGAACUGCCAGUGGGAGCCUCGCAACCAGGAGUGCAAAGCCUUCCCAGACAAUAUUUGCGGGGAGAACUGGCACCUUGUUGGAAACUCCUGCCUGAAGUUCACCACAGCCAAGGACAAUUACGACAACGCCAAGCUGUCCUGCCGAAACAGCAACGCAGUCCUGGCCUCACUCACCUCCCAGAAGAAGGUGGAGUUUGUCCUCAAGGAGCUGCAGAUCAUGCAUGUGCUGUACAAAGCGACAGUCACCCCCUGGGUGGGAUUGCGGAAGAUCAACGUCUCGUACUGGUGCUGGGAGGACAUGUCCCCUUUCACCAACACGUCCCUCCAGUGGCUGCCAGGGGAGCCCAGCGACGCAGGGUUCUGUGGGUACCUGGCUGAGCCCUCCCACACCGGCCUGAAGGCAGCCACCUGCGUCAACUCUGUCAAUGGCAGCCUGUGCGAGCGCCUAGCGAACCACAGUGCCAAGCAGUGCCGCACCCCCUGCGCCCUGCGCUCGUCUUGCAGCGAAUGCACCAGCGGCAGCUCUGAGUGCAUGUGGUGCAGCAAUAUGAAGCAGUGCGUCGACUCCAACGCAUACGUGGCCUCCUUCCCCUUUGGACAGUGCAUGGAGUGGUACACCAUGAACAGCUGCCCACCGGAGAACUGUUCUGGCUACCGCACGUGUGGCCAGUGCAUGGACCAGUCUGGUUGUGGAUGGUGUACGGACCCCAGUAACACAGGGAAAGGGCAGUGUAUAGAGGGCUCGUACCGAGGUCCAGUCCAGCCCUCAACACCCGACUCAUACCAGGAACCAGCACUCAACGUCAGCAUGUGUCCUUCUGAGAACAAGUACAACUGGUCUUUCAUUCACUGUCCAGCGUGCCAGUGUAAUGGCCACAGCAAGUGCCUCAAUGAGAGUGCAUGUGAGAAGUGUGAAGACCUGACAACGGGCAAGCACUGCGAGGCCUGCAUCUCCGGGUACUAUGGAGACCCCACCAACGGGGGCACCUGUCAGGGCUGCAAGUGCAAUGGUCACUCCUCCAUCUGCAACGCCCAGACUGGGAAGUGUUUCUGCACUACCAAAGGGAUCAAAGGAGACAAGUGUCAUCAGUGUGAGGUGGAGAACCGUUACCAAGGCAAUCCUCUCAAGGGCACCUGUUACUAUACCCUCCUCAUUGACUAUCAGUUCACCUUCAGCCUGUCCCAGGAUGAUGACCGCUAUUACACAGCCAUUAACUUCGUCGCUACACCUGAAGAGCAAAACCGGGACCUGGACAUGUUUAUCAAUGCAUCUAAAAACUUCAACCUGAACAUCACCUGGGCCACUAGUUUUGCAGCUGGUACACAGGCAGGAGAGGAGGUCCACGUCAUCUCCAAGAGCAACAUCAAGGAGUACAAGGACAGCUUCUCCAACGAGAAGUUCGACUUCCGAAACAACCCCAACAUCACCUUCUACGUGUACGUCAGCAACUUCACCUGGCCCAUCAAGAUACAGAUUGCCUUCUCUCAGCACAGUAACUUCAUGGACCUGGUGCAGUUCUUUGUGACGUUUUUCAGCUGUUUCCUGUCCCUGCUGUUGGUGGCAGCAGUCGUGUGGAAGAUCAAACAAAGCUGCUGGGCGUCGCGGAGGAGAGAGCAACUCCUGCGUGAGAUGCAGCAGAUGGCCAGCCGCCCCUUCGCCACCAUCAACGUUGCUUUGGAAACAGAUGAUGAGCCACCCGACCUCAUUGGUGGGAGCAUUAAGAGCGUCCCCAAGCCCAUAACCCUGGAGCCGUGCUUAGGAAACAAAGCGGCCGUGCUCUCCAUAUUCGUCCGGUUACCACGAGGGUCAGGAGGGAUUCCGCCACCAGGGCAGUCAGGCCUUGCCGUAGCUAGUACACUAGUGGACGUAUCCCAGCAGAUGCCUUUAGCAUACAAGGAGAAGUCGGGAGCCACGAGGAACCGGAAACACCAGCCCCAAGCACAGCCAGGGACCUGCAUCUGACCAUUGCGUUGACCGGGACCCUCACUAUGAGCGUUGCACAAGGAGGCAGGGGGAUGAGUGGGGGAACUACAGAGGCUGGGUUAUGGGAGGCCUGUGCAGAGCUCUCGGGCCUCUCUUCAAUGAGGUUCAGAAUACUAAAUACUGAAGCUGUACUUAAGUCCUUCUUUUUAUUUCUUUUUAAAAAAAGAAAAACUGAGCGAAUGUCUUGUAAGGGGUGCCUUCACACUACUUUGGUAGUUUCAGACCACCUGCUUGUUCCACUGCUUGCUUCAGUUAGAAAACUGAUUUGAACCUUGAACUGAACGAGGAUAACAAGGGAAGGUCUUCAACUCAACCCUCUUUUGAGUCGUGUAAGGUGCUUGCCUCUCUCAUCCUCAUUUAUUUUCAGCCUCCUUCAGUUGUGUUUUUUUUUUUUUUUAUUGUGUGACCAACAUGAUUUAUUUUUAUUGUUGUUUUCAUAAAAUGUGUGUUUUUUUUUUUAUUCUCUUUAUUUAUCACUUAGUUUCUACUGGUUUGCUUUCGAUUAACGUGUCACAAACACAGCACCCCCCUCCCUUCGGAGCUCAAGGCAGUUCCGUUCGGCAACAUCAGUUGAGCAGUCAGGUAUUGAUUUACAUGUUGAAGCAACAGGGUCUUCUGGAAUCUAAUCGUGUCUUCGCACAGUACCAGUUUAUUCCAUCACAAACCAAGCGCAUAUGUUCUGAACUCUUCUGUGAGCUAGUUUGAAUUAAUAAAGAACCUGCAUCCACCAGUGUGCUAAUACCUUACAUUAACUAUUUAAACAAAACGCAGCAGUAUUAGUGUUAGGAAGUUUAAACCAAGAGCUGCUGUUUCAUGGAUGUUUAUUAUGUGCUAGGUUAGUGCACGCAAGGUAAUAGUACUAAUAUGUUUAGUUUAGGAAAUUGAUUCAACUAGGUUUUACCCUGUUGUUGCAAAUACAGGGCACUUUUGUAAAAUAGUUUGCCACUUGCUGUACAUAAAUUUUAUGUCAAUUCGAUGCAUUUUUAAUUCAUUUUAACAAGGUCUUUUUCAUCGAUCAAAGAGGCCCGUUGCCCAUGGCAACAGUGCUGAAUUUCUGGGAAGUUGCUCCUCCGAAGCACUGAUUUAGAGGGGGUUAGACUUUUCCAUUUCUUAGAGUUAGCAGCUUUAAAUGUCAUUUUAAUCUUGAUUUUACAUUUCUGUUGUAUGGUGUUUGCAGUCAUCCAUUAUUGUUCUACUGGGUUUUGACGGUCUGUUUGCCAAAACUGAACAGCCUUCCUCAUUCUGUUCAAAUCAUGUGACAAUAUAACCUUUCAACUCUGCCAGCCCCACCUACUUAUAGAGUUGAAAGGUUUAAAGGCAUUUGAAUGGAGUGAGGAAGGCAGUGCUGGCCCUUAGGAUCUCAAGCUGAAUUCAAGAGAACAAUUAGAACUCAAUAUGAGAGCGAAACAACACCCCAGGAUGAUUUCAAACACUAUAGAUAGUAAUGGGAAUGUACACAGAAAAGAAGCAGCAAAACAUUGUAGCUACUUAAAUUCUGGCAAUAAUUAAAUAAUGAUGCUUCAGACUUGGCAACACAAGAGUUUAAAAUGUACAGAUCCAAAGCAACACUAUUUCGCACAUACAGCAGCCUAGAUAUUGUUUUGAAAAGUGAUUUAGUUGAGUUUGACAUCCAUUUACCCAUACAAUCAGUACUGGAGCCUAAUUGUAUCUGUAGGAGCAAAUACUUUCCGCCUCUUUGAAACAUGCUUUGUUGUAUUUCUGGAAGUCACGUAGGCAUGCUACCUGCAGCAGAGGGUGGUUAUAAGCAGCCAAUUAUAGUUCAGGAAGAAACGCAGAAAGGGGUUUGACUCUAGGGUGUGUUUUGGGCUUAUUUUGCCUUUCUGAUUGUUUUAAGUUCAGUUCAGCUAUCCCUCAUUAACUGUUUAUCCAUUGAAUCUGCCAGUACUGACUCCCUCACUACUACAACCGUGGGGACAUAUUCCUGGGAUCUGCAUCUAAAGCUGAGGGAACACAGAACCACUUAUUCAGGAAUAUUGGCUUGAAACCUGGAUCCAGGAGACCUAGUAAACCCUAAAACCUCGUCUCCUGAAACCAAGUUCCAAGCCACAAAGUGGCUUUGUGUUCCCUGAGCUUUAGAGGAAUGACCAUUCUUUCUCAUUACUUCCAAUUAUCUGUUUUUCAUUAGAAAAAAAAUACACUUGUAUUUUUGAUUUGAUUUUUUUUCAUUAUCGUUUAAAAGUCUUAACUUAUUUUUCUGUAACACUAAAUGUGAACAAUUGUUUUUUUUUUGUUGUUUUUCUUUUUAAUUAAAAAAAUGUUUUUCCAUUAAGUAGGUACCAAAACCAAGUAGCAGUUCCAGAAAAUCCUUUUAUUUACUCAAAAUGAACUUGCGAAUAUCAAUGCCUGUAACUUGCCUCACUUUGAUUUCACUUUAUUACUUUGGUACAGUGGUAGCUCUAGCCUGCUCCCAGUCUUGUACUCUCCAUCUCCCGAUACACGUUCCGGUUGUGCCUAAUAAACACCCCUCAAAAGCAUUCUUAAGGAAUUAUUGGAUACAUUCCACAUUCUAUCACAUUGACAUUGCAUGGUGUGUUUUAUUGAGAGCAACACUGUAUAAUAUAUCCCCUUCAGUCACUGUGUGCACAAGUGCACCAUACCACGUUAUGUUUGUGCAACUUCUCAAACUCCAUAAAGUUCACACAAACUGUUUUAAAUUUAAAAUGAAAUAAAAAAAAUCGUGACUGAAGGGGAUACACAAAUGAAGGAUGCAAACGUUGUUUUGUUUGACCCAGCUGUUUUAUAAAUUGUAAACUAUCGCUUUCAUUUGUCAAAGCUGUUGUUUGCCUUUCUGUAACCUGAGAUAUUGCUGUUGAUUCUAAGAGUAGGAUGCAGAGUGAGGGCACUGUGGUGCUAAAGGGUAGCCCUUUGGGACACUGAAAAAACAACCACCGAUUAAUCAUCGUAAAGACAUUGUAUUCACAUGGGUUCUUUAUGGUCACGUGUUAAUAAAUCAAUGGAAGUAAUGUUAAAACUUUACAAUGCAUUAGUAAGGCCUCACCUAAAAUAUUGUGUUCAGUUCUUGUCACCUCAUUACAAAAAGCAUAUUGCUGCUGUAGAAAGAGGGCAAAGAAGAGCCACCAGAAUUAUCCCGGGUUUAAAAGGCAUGCCGUAUACAGACAGGCUAAAAUAAUUGAAUCGAUUCAGUCUUGAACAAAGAAGACUACGCGGUGAUCUGAUUCAAGCAUUCAAAAUUCUAAAAGGUAUAGACAAUGUCGACCCAGGGGACUUUUUCGACCUGAAAAAAGAAACGAGGACCAGGGGUCACAAAUAACAACCAAACGAGCAAGAUGGGCCAAAUGGCCUCCUCUCGUUUGUAAACUUUCUUAUGUUCUAAACCUGAAUAAAGCUGGGGGGCUCCCAGGUGGCGCAUCCGCUAAAGGCAUUCUGCCCAGAGUGCGCCCUAUAGCUUGAGAGAUCGCCUGUUCGAAUCCAAGCUAUGCCACUGCCGACCGUGGACGUGAGUUCCCAAGGGGCGGCACAUAAUUGGCCAAGCACUGCCCUGUCAGGAUAGGGGUUAGGUAGGCUGAGGAGUCCUUGGCUGACCGCACACCAGUGACCCCUGUGACCGGCCUGCAUUCAGUUCAGAAUUCCGUGGUCCUCUGACACUGUAAGCUCUGAAUAUGGCUGCACGGCGGGCUUGCAGAGCGAAGAAAAGCUGACAGCACUCAUUUUGGAGGUUGCGAGUGCUCAUCUUCGUCUCUCCCAAGUUAGUUAGGGGAUUGCAGCGGUGAGCCAGGUUGAAUAAUGAUUGGACAUUUCAAAAAUUGAGAUAAAUUGGAAAAUGAAUAAAAAUAAUUGUUAAAAAAAAAAACAAACCCAGAAUAAAGCUAUAGGUAUUUUCUUUUGAUAUUUGCAACCAUAAUAAAAAUAAUCCAUAAUAUAAAAGGAAAUCCAUUGCAUUGCUUUACUAUGUUUAAUCUUGAUUUCAAAAGACAACCAACCAAUGUGUUUCAAGGUAGUGCUUUAAAGUGUGUGUGUUGGGGUAGUCUUUUCAGUGUCCCUCAGCACAAACUGUGAAAAAAGACCUGGUGCUUAUGCGCUGUCUAAACAGAAUGAUUUCAUCUAACAUAUGUGAAGCAAACACCACUGUGAAACUAUCCAUCUGUCUGUCUUUUUUAUCUCUUAUUAAACAAACCAGAGCUGCAUUUCUCUUGCAUCCUAUACACAUGCUGCAUUGCAAAGGUGCUGCAUACAGUAUGGGAGGGGCUCUGCUAGAAUGGAGUAAGCCUCAUUAUCCAACGUGAUCAUUGCCAGCGCUAUAACAUUGAAUUCUGCAUUUCUUCUUUAAAUAUCCAUUUGUAUGAGUGAUACAUCCGCCCGUGCUGCCCGACCCCCUAUAGCAGUCCUGGCCAGCUCUUGUUUCUCCUUCCCUUUCAAAUGUCGGAUUAAAGCAGGUGCGCUCAUCUGAGGCACAGUGAAGUGUUGUCCCUGUGUUGAGCUAUCUAUUCACUCUUAAUGAGACCCUUCGAUUCUGUGAGACUUAUAGAUUCCUAGAACCCCCUCUCCUGUGUAUUGUAGUGACAACAUUGCUAUGAGAGAAUGUGUGAAGAGUAGGCAGCCUUGGGUCUUCCUGUCCGUCUCAGUACAGGACUUUCUUCCAAUUAGUGCUUUUAAAUGUUUGAUUGAUCAUCAGCACGGUACUUUAAAAUAAUUAGGUUGGAACAAAGUCCUGCAAUGGUUUGGACUUGAAGAGCCAAUAUUGCCUACCCCUAUAAUGACGGCCACCCACAAACUUUUAGAAAUAUUGAUUUAAAAUUGUGGUACUUGAGCAAACUUUCCCUCAACAAUUCUAAACAAAGUUUUAAGUAAAAUGAAAUUGUUUCAAGCAACGGUUAUUGAUGGGUUGCUGCGGUUCAAUUUUUUCCUCCACCCAGCAGGGGUCGCUAUUAGUCAUUAAAAUGUGUGUAUUUAUUUAGUGAGUUUACAGUUUAUCAGGAUGCAGUACUGCCUUUGUUGGGCACAGAAACAUUACAUUUAUAAAUGAAACAAAAAAAACAUUGCAGAUCAAAUAGAACAAAGAUGUAUCUUAAUUCUAGCUCUAUAGCAUGAAAUCCUUCACCAGGCCCCUACCAGAAGUACACGUGUGUGCAUUUUAGACUGUCGCCCCAUUUGACAAGCCUCAAAUCAUCUUGCCCUCGUUUCACCAUGUAGGAAGGUGUAGUUUGUUAAUAUGUAUAGUUUAGCAUUGAUUGCACUUCUUUGUAAAUAAUGAGCGAGUAUUGUAAAGUAUUUCGCUGCUAGGAAACUUCUCUUCAGAACAGG